AUGCCGGUGUGCGCAACGGAAUGCUACGAAUCGAGCAUCACCACGCAGACUACCUGCACGCCAGCAAAUGUAACCUGCAUAUGCGUAGACCAGAAAUAUCUUGAUACUACCAACAAAUGUAUCCAGUCAUCAUGCACCAUAAGAGAAUCUUUGGUUGCUCAAAACAUCACAGCAACCCUCUGCGGCCGCCCCAUACGUGACAGGACGGGCAUAUCCCCAAUCAUAACCGGAGUCUCUGGCGGUGCCGCGCUGUUCUCCGUAGCGGCCCGGUGCUACAUCGUAGGCAAAGGCUUCGCCCUCAACGACUUUUUCGCUGUGCUCGCCUUCAUCAGCGCUAUCCCCCUAGGCGUAAUGCAAUUCCUCAAGUCAGAUGCCGGUAAUGGAAAAGACACUUGGACCGUUACUCCUGAGAACAUUACUCUAAUCAUGAAAUAUACGUGGAUAGCCGAGCUAUCAUACUCGCUCGUGCUCCCUCUGACAAAAAUGUCGUUUGUCGCCUGCUGCCUGCGCAUCUUUCCCAGCAGCUCGUUUCGCUGGCGCGCUAACAUCGUAAUGGCGCUGUGCGUUGCCUACGGCGUCGUCUUCACCGUCAUCACAACCUUCAAAUGCACGCCCAUCGACUACACAUGGACGAGCUGGGACGGCCAACACAAGGGGACCUGCAUCGACUUCCACGUCUUCGCCGCCUCGGCCGCAGCCGUCAACAUCACUAUUGAGAUUAUGGUGCUCGCACUCCCGAUUCCCGAGUUGCUGAAACUAGCAAUGAGUUUGCGGAGUAAACUUUACAUCAUUGCGAUGUUUAGCGUUGGCGUUUUCACACUAAUCGUCGCCAUCAUCCGCCUCAAAUCCCUCGUCCUCUUCGACAACUCCCCAAACCCAACCUGGGACGACGUCCCCACGGCCUACUGGUCCACCCUCGAAGCCUUCGUCGGCAUCUUCUGCAUCUGCAUGCCCGCCCUCCGCCGCUUCCUCAUCCUAACCUUCCCCCGCUUUUUUGCCUCGACGCAGCAGAACUCGCGGUACAAUUUAUACGAGGACGGGCCUGCGCUGCCGAAUCGCAUCUCGCAGGCUCCACCGAAGGACUCGAAACCUAUUAGUCUGGCGUCCGGGGGAAGGUUUGGGCUGGAGACGGAGGUGCGUACGACGGUUGUGGAGACGCCCGGGGAGAGCAGGGAGAAUUUGAAGGAGGAUGAUGAUGAUGAGAGGGUUAUGCUGGCUGAUAUGGGGAGUGCGAAGAGAGAAGGGAAGAUAGUUUGGGGGUGAAGAGAACGUUAGUGAUACGAAUGAUGGUUAUGAUACGU